AUGCGACGCGUAUCAGCUUGGAAGAACUGGGAUGAUUCAUCACCUGGGGAUUUUACUUGGGGUAUAUCUCUUGAAGGAUUUCCUCAAGUGAUUAUGUGGAAGGGAUCAAAGGAGUUUUAUCAUGGCGGUCAUUGGAGUGGUCUUGGAUUCAGUGGUGCCCUGGAAUUGAAGGCGAAUCCAGUUUUCGAGUUCAAGUUUGUUUCCAACGAGGAUGAGGUGUACUACACAUACAGCCUCAGGAAUGAGUCUUUGGUUUCAAGGAUUGUUAUGAACCAAACCAUUUCCACUCGCCAAAGGUACAUAUGGAUUGAGAAGGCUCAAAGUUGGAGGCUUUAUGCAUCUGUGCCUAGAGAUAACUUGGGUUUAGACCGACCGGGGAACUGGGACAUUAUGGACUGGACUCAAGGGUGUUUUCUCACUGAAAAAUGGAACUGUGAGGAAAGGAGGAAACAUGGGUUUGCCAAACUUAGUGGCCUGAAAGCUCCAGAUACUUCACAUUCUUGGGUCAAUGAGAGUAUGAGUCUCAAUGAGUGCAGGGAAAAAGGCUUGGAGAAUUGCUCAUGUAAAGCAUAUGCAAAUUCAGAUGUUAGAGGAGGAGGGAGUGGUUGUUUGAUGAGGUUUGGUGAUCUCUGGGAUAUAAGAGUUUUUGGGUGGUGGUCGGGAUCUAUAUGUUAG